GAAUAGCUCGCUCAGUGGGAGUGGGAGCCGGAGGCGAAACAGAUCCAAUCAGAGAGUCCUAUCACGCCAGGGCCAUGCAUGAGCUGCUUUCAUAUGCAAAUAGAGAGCGAGCGGGCGGCUGAGCCAAGCCACUUGCUGGGAUCCAGCUGAAGAAGAAGCCGGCGAGGGGAAGCGGAACAAAGCGGGUGUGCGCGCCGCUGGCGCGAGCGUUAGCGCCUGUUCAGACAGGGGAUGAAAAGGAAACCAACACGCUAGGCAACGGACUGCGCAACAGACAUCACCCUCGCCGGAUCUCCGAGGAGACAUGGGCAGCGGGGUUUUUUCCCGCCUGGCUGAAUAACUUGAGUGUGGAGGGCUUUGUGCUUCCGGCAGUCACUCCAGAGGGAAAGAUUUUAAACCCACCAACAAUGCGCCCGCAGAGGCGUUACCUCCUGGCCGUUCCUCUCCUGGGCGCGAUGGUUUUCGUUGUGCUGCACAAGGGUCAGUUGCACCGGUCAAAAAAAUAUCCCCGGCAAACAAUGUCCCACGAAAGCUACCUGCUGAAGCGAGCCUGCGAUGCACUAAUCGAGGAGAAGAAAGGUUUUGUUUGGGGAAACCUCCUAAAAACCUCUCGGGGGAGUUUUGCCUGCAGUGAGUACUUAAUGCACAAUCACUACAUAACCAGCCCUCUCUCUGCAGAAGAAGCUGCCUUUCCUUUGGCUUAUAUCAUAACUCUACAUAAAGAAUUCGAUACGUUUGAGAGGCUCUUCAGGGCUAUUUAUAUGCCCCAAAAUGUUUACUGUGUCCACGUGGAUGAGAAGGCAACGGCUCAGUUUAAGCAAGAUGUGGAGACAUUGUUGAACUGUUUCCCCAAUGCGUUUCUUGCCUCAAAAAAUGAACCAGUCAUUUAUGCUGGAAUAUCCAGACUUCAGGCGGAUUUGAACUGCAUGAAAGACCUGCUGGAAUCGGGCGUUCAGUGGAAGUACCUGCUCAACACGUGUGGACAAGAUUUCCCCUUGAAAACCAACAAGGAAAUAGUUCAGCACCUGAAAGGAUAUAAGGAUAAAAAUAUCACUCCUGGGGUGCUGCCUCCUGCCCAUGUGAUUUCAAGAACCAAAUAUAUCCAUAAGGAGCACAUAGGGACGGACUCCUCGUACAUGAAAAAGACCAAUGUGUUGAAACAGUCCCCACCACACAAUCUGACCAUCUACUUUGGCUCUGCUUACAUUGCGGUCACAAAGCCAUUUGUCGAGUUCAUUCUCAAUGAUCAACGUGCUAUUGAUUUAUUGGAGUGGUCCAAGGACAGCUACAGUCCAGAUGAACACUUCUGGGUAACACUCAAUAGGAUACCAGAUGUCCCUGGUUCCAUGCCAAAUGCAUCCUGGGAAGGUAACCUGAGAGCUAUCAAGUGGAGCGAUAAGGAAAGCUCUCAUGGAGGUUGUCAUGGUCAUUAUGUCAGAAGCAUUUGUAUAUAUGGAACAGGUGACCUAAAGUGGCUAUUUAAGUCUGUAAGCAUGUUUGCUAACAAGUUUGAACUCAAAACAUACCCACUCACUGUAGAAUGCCUGGAACUGAGGCUUCGAGAGAGAGCACUGAACCAGAGCGAAACGCAGGUGAAACCAAGUUGGUACUUUUAAAUUAACAACUCAGAAUGGAAAUAAAACUCCAGCUGCAGUAGCUCGGGAAGAAUAACCUCCCUGGAAAGACUUUUCUUCUGGAACUUCAGUACGGGUAGUUUGUAAUGUCUUGAGUGGAAGGUUUGAGUGUAGAUCAUACAACACUGGAGAGACCCAAAGAGGAGGCUGAGGAAAUGGUUCUGUUGGCUUUGCUAUAUUUGCACGUUUGGCAUGUGUGGCUGGAUGGCACCUUACUGACUUGUGCCGGGCAAUAAUGUCAUCGCUAUCAUGUUCUGUAUAUUUAUAUGUAAAAAUCACGCAGCCCUAAAUUUUCAUACAGCAACAUAAAAUCCAGAGCAUACUAAUGAGGAAGAGUUAUCCUUCUUUGAAGAAAACCAUCACCAUCAACAAGAUCUUAAAGAGAAAUCUAGGUGCACAGUUUGAUUACUCCAUACGUCCAGAAACAAAAAUC